AUGGAGGAGCCUGUCUCGGCCGAGUUUGAGGACGUGGACGUGGUAGACUUGAUCAAAGUGAGCAUCAGCAGAAUACGCCGCUCUUCCUCCUCGCCCACGGAGCCUUCUCAGACCUUCCCUCCUCCAAGGACCUCCAAGACUAACAAGAGAGGUCGACACGUCAGACGCAAGAGGAAGAACAACUCAAGCCGGCCGAGAAAUGCCAAAAGGAAGGGCGGAGCUAGAGGAAAGAAGACAGGAAGUGGGCGGGGCCAGGGCUGCAGGCUGAAACAGAUCCAACUCAACGUGACCGACCUGGGUUUGGGUUACCGCUCUGAGGAGGAGAUGAUAUUCAAGUACUGUGCGGGGCCCUGCAGGAAGUCAGAGACCAACUAUGACAAGAUCCUGCACAACUUGGCUCACCGCAGGAAGUUCCCCGCCAAGGACACGCCCCAGCAGGCCUGCUGUCGGCCAAUCGCCUUCGACGACGACCUCUCCUUUCUGGACGAUAACCUGGUGUACCACACUGUGAGGAAACACUCCGCCAGGAAGUGUGCUUGUGUCUAAGGACUUUUAAACGGUAAUCACGUCAUGUGUGAGUACUCCUCAGGUACAUCACUCGUGCUUUAACUUACACGCCACAAAUUCUCAACCUAUUGGUCACUACGGGACUCUCCACUCUUCUCUGUCCAAUAAAAAUCACGUUCAGUCGUCAUACUUGCCAACCCUCCCGAAUUUUCCGGGAGACUCCCGAAUUUCAGUGCCUCUCCCGAAAAUCUCCCGCGACAACCAUUCUCCCGAAUUUCUCCCGAUU